CUUAUAAAUGGGUAACGCUCUUGUUUCAUUUUCGCACAUUAUGUUACGAGUAAUAUGAAAUGUCAAACUGUGUACUAUGUGGCGAACGGUUUCAUUUGUUGAACGGGUUGAAGUUGACUUCGAUGGAAAUCUAUUCAAUCAAGCUUUAACGUUAGCUGACAUCGACAAUGACAAGGCUAAUGAGCUGAUUGUGGGUAACACAGAAGGUGACCUGGCCAUCUUCAAAGGAACAAAUCGAACACCAUGGAAAGUGUGCACAGACCUAGGAAUGAUAACAUGUAUUGGCGUUGGAGAUGUUUACGGAAAAGGAAAAAAUAUCCUGGUAGUUCUGACAGCUGAGGGCUGGUGCUACCUGUUCGAGGUCAAAGGGGAAUCUUCUUCAGGGGAGAAUGGCAAGGAGACAGAGGAGGAGCUUGAUAAGAUAGUAAAGCCAUCAUUUACACAACACUUACCUGCCAAUGGCAAGGUUCUCCUCAUAGCUGAUAUUGAUGGUGACGGACAGACUGAGGUGGUGGUGGGGUACUCGGACCGGGUGGUCAGAUGUUUCACCUGGUCUGUUUCCCAGGACCAUGAGGCCGAACAAGCCAGUGGAAAAUUUUUACAGUCAGGGAAAUGGCAACUGACUGGACAGAUUGGGUCAUUGACAGUGAACAUGUGUGAGGACGGUCGUCCAGAAUUACUUGUGUCACAGCCGGGAGGCACAUACGUAACACUUUACCAUGAUACUGAGGAAGAGGAUGCUAACAUUCACAAGUUUGAAAAUGAGCGUUUAGGGAUUUCCAGAACCAGGAACACUUCCAUUUCUACUGAAAUUGUUGGAGGCAUUAAAAAGGGAAUCCGUGGUGAGCCCUUUGAGGCCGGAACCUUCUACGCCCUGUGUACUCUUGAUGGAACCCUGCUGUUGGUGGAAAACAAACAGAUUCUAUGGUCGCUACAAGUGGAUCACCAACUGUUCUCACUGACCAAACUGGACAUUACAGGUAACGGUAAGGAGGAGGUUGUGUGCUGUGCCUGGGAUGGGCAGACCUACAUUGUGAACCACACGAGAGAUGUGGUCCGAUAUCACUUUGAGGAGAAUGUCAAGGCAUUCACCGCUGGACAGUUCAGUGUGACCAGUAGUGAUAAUGUGCCCUGCUUUGUGUAUGCCACCUUCAACAACAAGAUCUACAUCUAUUACAACAUUAGUCUGCCCCAGGUGGAGUCCACCAACCUCAUCGAAGUCAUGGAUCGCAUCCCAGAGACUCAUCAGCUCCUCCAACAGCUCAAUAUCAUAAAUCCAGACACCAAAAAGCUAAGGGAAAUAUACCAUUGGUGUUUAUAUGGAAAGAAGGCACAGACUUGACACCUGAGUAUAGUGUAGGUAGUCAUAUAGAAAUAUAUAAUGUGCGUCAUUCCUGGCUGAGUUACACUGCCGUUGGUUUACCUGGCGGGCUGACAAGGGAUAUGGAAGUCUGCAGUAAAGGGUCUUGUGCAAGAGGAAGAGUAGUGAUGCUUGUUUUGGAAAUGGAAUGACAAAUUGCUUGCCAAGGAAUUUAAUAUGUUUGUUUGAGAGACAUGACCUUGCAUGAAGAAAUUCAUACCUAUUUCCAGGAAAUAGCUUGUUUCUUUAAAGGAUUUCAUUUUGACUUCGAUAAAAAUAACAGUUGUAAAUAUAUAAUUGUUUUUUACUUUAAUGAAACAUUUCUAGCAAGAAGAAGUUCAAAUUUUAUUCCCAAGUAAUUGAAAAACUAAUUAAGAUUUUGUUUGGAAGAAAUGGCGAAUAACCCCUUGCAUGCAUGUAGUUAAAUUGAUUUAGAAGUGACUGAUAUAUUGGUUGUAAGAACUUAAACCACUGUUUUUAAUAAAUAUUAUUA